AUGUCUCAUAUUAAAAGCAGCUUAGUAAAAUUCGUAUAUGUCAUUGCACAGAAACCCGGCUCGGAGUCGGGCUCCGAACCGGGCUCCGGGUCGGAGCCGACCUCGAGCGACUCGGACUCGGACGAGAGGAUCGAUGAGGAAGUGAAUGUUGAAUUUGAAGCACAUUCAAUAUCAGAUAAUGAUCACAAUGGGAUAAAGAAGUUACUUCAACAGUUGUUUCUAAAAGCUCCUGUUAACAUUGCUGAAUUAACUGAUAUAUUGAUACAACAGAAUCAUAUUGGAACUACUAUCAAGCAAGCCGAAGUCCAAGAAGACAGUGGUGGCGAUGACGAUGAUGAUGACGAUUUAGAUGAAGUCUUUGGUUUUAUCAGCCUCAUCAACUUGACUGAAAGGAAGGGUACACAAUGUGCUGAGCAAAUCAAAGAGCUGAUUAUGAGUCGGUGUGAGAAGAACUGUGAACAACGUGUAGUUGAACAACUGGAUAAAAUCCUAAAUGAUAAUGCCAAGCCUGUGGGUCUCCUACUGAGUGAGAGAUUCAUUAAUGUACCGCCCCAGAUAGCGCUGCCCAUGCACCAGCAGCUUCAGAAGGAGCUGACUGAUGCACAGAAAAAAAACAAACCUUGUGGAAAGUGCCACUACUAUCUUCUUAUCAGCAAGACCUUUACAGAAGCCACAAAGAGCAAUUCUAAGAGGAGAGAAGGAGGAAAUAAGCAGAAGGAGGAAUUAAUGUUUGCAAAUGCAGAAGAAGAAUUCUUCUAUGAGAAAGCUCUUCUGAAGUUCAGCUAUUCUGUGCAAGAGGAGAGUGACACGUGUUUGGGCGGCAGAUGGUCCUUUGACGAUGUUCCGAUGAAACCUUUGCGGACGGUUAUGAUCAUCCCAGCUGAUGGGAUUCAUGCCAUUAUGGAUAAACUCAAAGACUAUCUCUCACUAUAGACUUUCCUGUGAAUACUGUUUUUAUAAAGCAGUGAUGCAGAACUAGGACUUUCUAGUCAUUUCAGGAGACUGCUCU